AUGGCAUCCUCCGAUGAUGAUGAUGAGGACCUGAAGCGAGCCAUAGCAUUAUCCCUUCAGGAUCCAACCACCGGCGGCGCAGGAGAAACAGCACGUGAAGCUAUCAGUCUCGACAGCGACAGCGAAACAGAGACAAGGCCCACAAGGACAGCUAGCCGUGCAGACGUGAUCAAAGAGUGUCCAGAUAUAAGAGCCGGACUAGAUCUAUCGGGCCUAGACCGUAAGCGAAUGGAACAGGAGCGGUUGGGUAGGAAGAGAAAAGCGCCGUCAAUAUCACCUCCACCACCCCGUAGAACAGGGGCAAGUGGCCGUCUUAUAGGAUCGGUAUCGGCAAGAGAGGCAACGGCAACAGCACAUCAGGCUGCCCCAGCAUCUCGAGCCUCGUCCGCCUCUAACGGCAAGGGUCCUGUGUUUCUUGCAGGAACAGUCAAGAAGACCUGGGCGUUCGGCCAUGAACGCAAAGGCGAUGACAUCAAACUUGAAGAAGUUCUACAAAAAGAUGAACUUAAUCUGGCCGUUCUGAGUUCCUUCCAGUGGGACAUAGACUGGCUCCUGGCAAAAAUCAAUACGAGAAGUACUCACAUUACGCUUGUAAUGCAGGCUAAGGAUCAGGCGACUCAGCAGCAGUACCGGCGUGAAACCGCAGCAAUGUUAAAUCUACGGCUUUGUUUUCCACCCAUGGAGGGCCAGAUCAGUUGCAUGCAUUCGAAGCUUAUGCUGCUUUCUCAUCCUCAUCACCUAAGAGUGGCGGUUCCAACCGCUAAUUUGGUCUCGUACGAUUGGGGUGAAACCGGCAUUAUGGAGAAUAUGGUCUUCAUCGUCGAUAUGCCACGUCUGCCUAAAGGUCAAUGUACCAAAGCAGAGGACAUGACAUUCUUCGGCAAGGAACUGAUCUACUUUUUGGAAGCUAUGGGUCUUGAGCAGAGCAUCAUCGACAGCAUGUACAGUUUCGACUUCACGUUAACCAAAGAUGUCGCAUUCGUUCAUAAUAUUGGAGGUACGCAUUCUGGAGAUUUGUGGCAGCGUACGGGUUAUUGUGGACUGGGUCGCGCUGUGCAGGAACUGGGCCUUGCAACGGACAAGCCCCUCCACAUUGGAUUCGUCACUUCUUCGGUCGGGUCACUCAAUGACGACUUCUUAGCGAUGCUCUACCUUGCUGCUCAGGGUGAUGACGGUCUUACAGAGUACAGUUGGCGAAACCCACCCGUUACAUCUAGGAAGAAAAAGACGGCGCAUGAGGAUAUACAAGCAAAUGACAGUGUACGCGAGCGAUUACGGUCCCGUCUAAGACAGGAUUUUCAGGUCUACUACCCUACUCACGACACCGUUAAGAAUUCAACCGCGGGCUCAGCAGGUACUAUUUGCUUCCAGUCCAAAUGGUACAAAUCGCCGAGUUUCCCGCGGGAAAUCCUACGGGACUGCAAGAGUGUACGGCCUGGUAUGCUUAUGCAUAACAAGCUACUUUUGGUACGGUCGGAAGACGACCCAUCCAAGUCCUGGGCGUACAUCGGGUCAGCCAAUUGUUCGGAGAGCGCGUGGGGCAAGCUUUUCAAGGAUCGGGCAACAAAAGAGCCCAAGCUCAAUUGUCGCAAUUGGGAAUGUGGGGUGGUUCUGCCAGCGCGUCUGAGUGUGUCUAGUAGCGACCAUGGUGAUCUGAAAGAGUUUGAGGGCAUCGUCCCGGUCCCAAUGCAGGUCCCUGGGGACGCAUACGGCGAUAAGAAGCCUUGGUAUUUUACGGAGCAGUAA